UUAAUAUCUGUCGAUAAACAAUAUAAAUUUUACGCAUGAUUUAAAAAAAAAAUUCUUAUUACCUUCUAACCAUAAUAAACCAAAUUUUUACUAAACGGUUAUUUUUAUAUUAUUACAUUAAAUAAAUUACAUUUAUAUCGCGACUAAAUGUUAGUUUAAGUUCAAAAGAUAGGAAAAUAUAUUGAUAUUUUGGAUGGACUAAAAAAGAGAGGUAUUUAAUAAAAUGAUCAAUCGAACCCACUUUCGCAAUUCAUAAAAUUUUAACCUCACACUGUGCGGUCAUAAUGAAUUCUUCCGAUAGUCCCAACAACUCUCUCAAUAAAAGCGACGCAGAAAGGCGACUGUUAGUGAAAGAGGAUAAUAUCAUAAAUGUGGAUGUGAAUAAUGCUAAAAAUCGUUCAUUCGCCGCCGAAAGGAAUGUAAAGGAAAAAUGGCUGAAAAGACUUAAAGAUAAUCUACUGUUAUUAUUGACGUUUAUCGGUGUAGUAUUUGGAACCGGAAUAGGGUUUUUGCUGAGAGGUCUCAAUUUGUCGGCAGAUAAAAUUGAGCUCAUACAGUUUCCCGGAGAUGUAUUCAUGAAUCUUCUAAAAAUGCUGAUAGUCCCGCUUCUGAUAUCCAGCGUAAUAUCAGGCAUAUCUCAAAUGGAGAGCAAAUCUUUUGACAAAAUAGGGAUUAGAACGGUGGCUUAUUUUAUGUGCACCACAAUCAUAGCAGUGAUAUUAGGGAUUACAUUGGCUGUGACUAUUAAACCCGGAAAGUUUUACUUGAAAUCUGAUCAUUUACAAUCAGUAUCAGAGCAAUAUGAGUAUGUGGAAAAUCAACAUGAACGAGUUGGUACAACCGAUGCCAUCUUGGAUCUAAUAAGAAACAUCUUCCCCGAAAAUUUGUUUCAGGCGGCCUUUGAAAGCGCAAAAACUGUUAAAAGUAACGUCUCUUACCUCCAUUUCAGCAAGAAUUUAGGAGGGAGUCAAGAUGUUCCAGAGACGCGAUAUCAUAUAUUAAAGAAAUUAACAUACACCAACAAUCCCAACAUAUUAGGUAUCAUAACUGUCUCCAUCGCUUUCGGAAUAAUCAUGCAAAAGUUGGGCAAAUCGACCAAAAUUUUGGUUGAUGUAUUCAUAAGUCUCAAUGACGUCAUAAUGAAAAUUAUAAGCAUUAUCAUGUGGUAUUCUCCCUUGGGAAUAAUGUCUCUCUUAAUAGCUAAGAUAUUGACAAUCGAUGAUUUGAAAACCAUCAUGUCUCGACUGGGUAUGUUCAUGUUAACAGUAGUAAGUGGGGUGCUCAUACAUUCUCUCAUCAUUUUGCCUUUCAUCUAUUUUUUGAUAACCCGCAAAAAUCCUUUCGUAUUUGCUCGAAACAUGAAUCAGGCUUUACUUACUGCUUUUGGAACGGCCUCCAGCGCGGCCACGUUACCAAUUACCAUGAAAUGCGUCGAGACAAAAAAUAAUGUGGAUACCAGAGUUAGUAGAUUUGUUUUGCCAUUGGGUGCUACAGUCAAUAUGGACGGGACAGCGUUAUACGAGGCCGUUGUUGCUUUGUUUAUAGCUCAAAUCAAUAAUAUUUACCUCAAUUUCGGUUCAAUUAUCACGAUUAGCUUAACCGCAACGUUAUCUAGCAUAGGAGCAGCAAGUAUCCCCAGCGCGGGUUUAUUCACCAUAUUCAUAGUGUUAACUUCCGUCAAUCUUCCUAUCAACGACAUCACCUUAAUCAUGGCGGUUGAUUGGCUAUUAGAUAGAUUCCGUACUGCAACUAAUGUUUUAGGUGAUUCGCUUGGAGCUGGAAUUAUUGAUCACUUAAGCAAAGGGGAUUUAAAUAAUGAUGACAAUAAUGAAAAUAUUGAGGCAUCAAUAAAUCCUGCCAGUAAAACAUACCCAAUCAAUGAAUCGCUCCAUCAUUUAUGAUAUAUAGUUUUCAAAUGUAUUUCCAACAUAAUACGGCAUCCUAAAUAUUUUGUUGGAUUUGCCUUAUACAUAGUAACUAUAGCCGUUUAUGAAGUUACCGAAAAUAAAUCCCUAUCUC